ACUACAACUCCCAUCAUUCCCGGACAGCCGAAGGCUGUCCGGGCAUGAUGGGAGUUGUAGUUUUGGAACAGCUGGAGGCACCUUGGUUGGGAAACAGUCAUUAUGUGUAGGUCCUGAGACACGUGUGUUCUGCCUCAUGAAAGGACUAGUCAGGAAUUGUAGCUUUAAAAGGAAGUGCCGUGAGGUGGAGAGACGCGUCAGAUGAGGGCCAUUGUAGCUUAUGAGUGUAAUACCACCCCAUAGGCGGGCUCUGGCUUCCUUCCAUGCAGGAGCCGAUUGGAAAGUAGUUGUAGUAAGUGGGGGUGUGUGGGUGCCCGCGUCUGUGCCCCCCCGGUGCUCAUGUCCAGCUCUGGAAUACACGAGGUACGUGCCCCAUGGUGUAGAUCCCUGCUCUCCUGUGGAUGGAGCUGACCCUUCCCAUCUGUUGCCCUGUCAGGAUCCUGUGCCCGCCUUGCCCUCGACUUCUUCUCCAUGAAGAGCGGGAAGUUUUCGGUGUAGCUGGGCCAGGCUAACCUUGGAUAGGCUGACGAGGCUGCGGGCACCUGGGCUCAUGUCUCUGGUAGACGAGGCAGUCUUGUCUUUGCCGAGCAGCAUCAUCCUCUCCUUCCCAUCAUCUCCAUAGUAACCAAGGAAUUGUCAUGGGUGUGUAGCCCUAGAGUGACACAAGGAGGGGCUCAGGAGGACGCGAUAUGCGGCUGUUAUUCUAUUUUUAUGCAGGGCAUUGUUCACACACGUGUGACUGGCUGCGCUCCAUUUUCCUGGGCUGUCUGUGAGGAGCCCGCUAAUAGUCAGGUGCAAUGACAGCUAUUUGAAAGCUUUGCGCUGUAAAGCGCCCCCUAGAGGCGGUCCUCCGCAGUAUGGUCCACCCUUGGCUGUGUGUGUACAAGCCCCUAUUCUGUGCUCACUUGUUGCGGCAGAUGUGUUGGAGACGUUCCUGGCACUGUCCAUUCCCCUCUAAGGAAUUUCUGUGACAUUUGUGAGGGAGAGGUAUUCUCCUGACAAUCUGAAUGGUUUUGAGAAGCUUCGAUCAUCUGUUCUUGGUGAAAAAUGGACAUCAUUGGAUUUCUGAAAUCUCAGUUCCUUUGUCAUCUUUUUAUCAGCUACGUGUUCAUUGGCACUGGAAUUAUCAUUAAUUUAAUUCAACUUUUUACUCUUGCCAUUUGGCCUUUUAACAAGCAACUGUACCGCAAAAUCAACUGUAGGCUGGCAUACUGCGUAUCAAGUCAACUGGUGAUGUUACUGGAGUGGUGGUCAGCCACCGAUUGCACACUCUAUACAGAUCCUUCAAACUAUAACAAGUAUGGAAAAGAGAAGGCUAUAGUAAUUCUAAAUCAUAACUUUGAAAUUGACUUUCUCUGUGGUUGGAACUUUUGUGAGAGAUUUGGUGUCCUUGGUAGCUCAAAAGUGUUAGCAAAGAAGGAACUAACAUAUGUUCCUGUAAUCGGCUGGAUGUGGUACUUCUUGGAGAUGGUGUUCUGUAAACGAAAAUGGGAAGAAGAUCGAAAAACUGUUGAACAAGGCUUACAAAAUCUUAGGGACUACCCAGAACAUUUUUGGUUUCUAAUACACUGUGAGGGUACACGUUUCACUGAGAAAAAGCAUGAAAUCAGUAUGCAAGUUGCUGAAGCCAAAGGCCUUCCCAAGCUGAAACAUCACCUGCUGCCCAGAACGAAAGGAUUUACUCUCACUGUGCAAAGUUUGAGAAAUGUAGUGUCUGCAGUAUAUGACUCCACCCUCAAUUUUAAAAAUAAUGAAAAUCCUACCUUACUUGGAGUAUUAAAUGGGAAAAAGUACCACGCAGAUCUUUAUGUAAGGCGGAUUCCAUUAGGAGAAAUACCUGAAAAUGAGAAGGAAUGUGCCCAGUGGCUGCACAAACUCUACCAGGAAAAAGAUGCUUUUCAAGAAGAGUACUACAAGACAGGAAUCUAUCCUGGCACUGCUAUUGUACCUUCCCGAAGACCAUGGACUCUACUAAACUGGCUGUUUUGGGCCUCCUUGUUAUCUUAUCCUCUAUGCAAAGUCCUCGCUAACAUGAUCAGCAGUGGAUCAUACCUCACAUUGGCCAUUUUUGCACUGCUCAUGGUUAUAGUUUCUGUCGGAGUGCGUCGCAUGAUUGGCGUGACUGAAAUAGACAGAGGCUCCACCUAUGGCAACAAUGAAAACAAGCAGAAGCAGACUUAACAGUAUUUGCUCCUCCUCAGACUACAAAGGGAAAUAUUUUGAACAUUCAUCUAAGGCCUUUCGGAUUUGGAUGUCCCUGCAUUGUCUUACGGGUACUUCUAAUUUUAAGUAGGUGAAAAUACGAAUCAUUUGUGGUGUCAGACAGGGCUGAAGAAAUUGACUAAUGUAUUUUAUUUUUAAAAACUGACAGCUCCAUUCUGUGAAAACACUGGAAAAAUUAUACAUGUGUUGGCAUUAGCCUAGGUCAAACAAAUAAAUAAUAUC